GUGCACUGCUGUGUCCCUGGUGGAGCUCAACCCUAAGCAGGACUGGCAAGGAAAGGCGCAAGGAUGCUUGAGAAGUUAGGUGGCUUGCUGCUAAGCUGUGUGGUGUACCUGGGGGCCACUGUCUUGGCUGUGGACUUGCAGCAUCAUGGCUAUGAGGACAUGGUCAGAGCCCUCUUCAAUGUGCACAACGAAUGCCCUUACAUCACCCGGCUAUACAGCAUUGGGCGCAGUGUGGAGGGCAGGCACCUCUACGUCCUGGAGUUCAGUGACAACCCUGGGAUACAUGAACUGUUGGAGCCUGAGUUCAAGUAUGUGGGGAAUAUGCACGGAAACGAGGUACUCGGUCGGGAGUUGCUUAUUCAGCUUUCCCAGUUCCUGUGUGAGGAGUAUCGAGCUGGCAACGCAAGGAUAAUGAGGCUGAUCCAUGACACACGGAUCCACAUUUUGCCCUCCAUGAACCCAGAUGGAUAUGAGGUGGCAGCUAGCCAGGGACCAGAGGACAAUGGGUAUCUCACAGGCAGGUCCAAUUCCAGAGACGUGGAUCUAAACCGCAACUUUCCAGACCUGAAUGCUCUGAUGUACUAUUAUGAGAAAAUCAACGGGAAGAACCAUCACCUUCCUCUGCCAGACAACUGGGAAGAACAGGUAGAGCCUGAAACCCUAGCUGUGAUCCAGUGGAUGCAAAAUUACAAUUUUGUCCUGUCAGCUAACCUGCAUGGCGGGGCUGUUGUGGCAAAUUACCCCUUCGAUAAGUCUCGUGAGCCCAGGGUGCGGGGGUUUCGCAAGACUGCCUAUUCUGCCACACCAGAUGACAAGAUUUUUAAAAAGUUGGCUAAGACAUACUCAUACGCCCACGGCUGGAUGCACAAAGGCUGGAACUGUGGGGAUUUUUUCGACGAGGGCAUCACGAAUGGAGCACACUGGUACUCUCUCUCUAAAGGAAUGCAAGACUUUAACUACCUCUACACCAAUUGCUUUGAAAUAACCCUGGAGCUAAGCUGUGACAAGUUCCCUGCUACAGAGGCCCUGCAGCAGGAGUGGCUGGGUAACAGGGAGGCUCUGAUCUCCUACUUGGAGCAGAUUCACCAUGGCAUCAAAGGCAUGGUUUACGAUGAAAAUUACAACGGCAUUGGCGACGCAGUGAUUUCUGUGUCGGGGAUCAAUCACGACAUCACAAGCGGUGCUGGGGGAGAUUAUUUCCGUUUGCUGUUACCUGGGACCUACACUGUAACUGCGUCAGUCCCUGGAUACCUGCCUUCUUCCAGACUGGUUACGGUGGGUCCUGCAGAAGCUAUUGAGUUACACUUCUAUCUAAAAUUGGCCCCUAAGGACACCACUGACGUGAAUCUCAACAGAAAUAUUCACAACAUAAAGGAUCCCCUGUCAAAGGUCCCACCAAGAAAUCUUGGGCCAAGAUGAAGGAUAUUCUACUGCCUGUGGUGCCGCCUGUGACAGGGAGAGCAAACAGGGAUGAUCUCCCUCCUUACAAACAAACCUUUCUUCUCUGUUCAACAAAAUCUUUUCUUUUACCCUACUUUUUUUAUAUAUAUAAGAAAAGCAGUUUUCUCAGAGAAUUACCUAUUUUGUUAAACAUCAUAUUUAUAUACUGAGUUUCAGAAAGUGUUUUGGACAUAGUUUUGUGCUCCAGGUAAACCAGCUUCAAAUAUGUAAAUAAUGUCUCCAUGACAACCUUUUUGCAAGUGUUCCAAAAUAUUGAUCCUGCUAAACCAUAUACUUCUGAACACCCCCCCCCCCCACAUCAAAAUACAUAUUUACCACAAGAAUGUGCUUACUGUCUUUUGUGUAUUAUACUUAAACUUGAUCAUACAUU